CCCUCUGUCCCACUCUCUUUGUCUCUCUCUCUCUGCAACAGGGAAGGCCUGACUAUACACGCUGGCUUUGAACUCCAGGCAAUGCCCCUGCCUCAGCUUCCUGCGUGCUGGGGGUGACAGGUGUGCCCCACCACACCCCGUCUUUUCUCUCUCUCGGAUCCGUCCACCUCUGGGACGGACCCUGUGACGCCAUGAACCAGAGACAAUCCAGCCUGGUGCCCACGCCUUUAACCCCAGCACUUGGGAGGCAGAGGCAGGAGGAUCGCUGUGAGUUCCGGGCCAGCCUGGGCUACGUAGUGAGACCCUGUCUCACAAAAACAAGAAAACGACAAAUGAGCAACUCCACAGGCCCACCGGCCUCGCUCUUUCUCAUCAGACUGCGUCACGGUCCCGCGGGACUGGCUGGGAAGGCUGGCGGGCGGCGACGCCGGGACAGGAGCGAGUCCCACUGCCUUUGCAGCCGAGCAGAGGCACCGCCUGUCUCCGAACUCCAGCCACGGCCGAUUGUGGCGGGAGCACCGACCGCACCAGACAUCACCUGAGCCACACACACGCGUCCUCAUGCCAUGCAGGCCAGAGCUCUGAUUGGCCAGCGCUGGUCACAUGCUCCCCCCCCAGGGAAGACGGCCCCUCCCUGCACCCCACUCCGCUAGCCUCAGGUUGGACAAGGCAAAUGUCGUCACAGGAGGGGAGAGAGCAAGGGCCAGGGGGGCAGGCCCUUCCCAAGGGCGGCACAGCAGGUCAUCGGGUUUGAGGGAGGCAGAGGGCAGCACCUUGUAGUUUCAGUUUUCUUGAUCUCCCCGCUAGAGUAACAGUCCUCUACUGUAGCACAUCCAUUCUCCAUAGCCGCAAAGUGACGCUGGCGAUGGAGAUGAUGGCCCACUGGUGCCAAAGCCGGAGAGCGGAUCCGGAUCCGUCUCUAGGUGCCCCGAGUGGGGCUCCUUCUUAGUAUCUGUGUCAGUGGGAGGGUGUGUCCCCUCACCAAAAUACAAGCUCUUUUCUUCCUGGGUUGUUCUGUUUGUGCUUUGAGGUGGAGACGCUGAGCAGGGCUCAGUCAGUCUGAGCCCUGAGUCCCUGUGGCCAUCACAUGAGCCAAGGACUUACAUGGGGCCUGGUGUGUGGGGGGGACGACAAGAUUCCUCCUCCCUGGGGUGGCUGAGCGGCUGUGCUGUGGACGGAACAGCAGGGAACCCCAAGAAUUCCUUGUGGAGCUCUUCCCUGUGCCUCAAGGCCCUGAACUCUACCCUUGUGCCCGGAUGCCAGUUUCUCCUUUCAGGAACUGAUGUCACAUGGGCACAUCUCCUGGGCACUUUUGGUAAUGACCUUAGUCGGGGUUAAGUAAUGCUCCAUCAGCCGGGAGUCCGCACAGCGGAGUGUUCUUGGGCAUGCGUGACACUGACGUCACAGAGGUCGGUAGCUUCUAGAACGCCGAGGUGUCAUCCUCAGAGCUGGUCUCCUGGACACCAGGUGGGCUGCGCUGUCCCCAGGAGCCACUUCCGCUUGAGGCCCUGAGUCUGGCCACAGCAGGCGCCGCUCCCACCCCGCCACCGGCUCCCCGGGUGGCUCCGGAGAUGCCCGAGGGGCUCCUGUGCCGUCCCACGCGGGACUCGGCGGCGCGCGACAGCUGGAGGUAGGGGCGGCCAUGGCGCGGUCGGCGUGGGCCCGAGUAGCCCCGGUGGCCCUGGUGGCCCUCUGGCUGGUCCUGUCCCCGUCGUCCGCGGACGCGCAGGUUAACCUGAGCUCCGUGGACUUCUCGGAGCUCCCGGCGCUACUCGGGGUCCCCUUGGACCCCCCCCAGGGCGCACGCAGCUACCUGCUGGUGGCCAGGCCGGCCGACGCCUGCCUCGCCAUCGAGAGCCCUGGGCCCGACAACAACUCACUGGACCCCCUCGUGCUGGUCCGGCCCCUGGGCUGCAAGUGGGAACGCACGGGGCGGCGCGCGCUGAGGGCUGGAACCACAGCAGCCUCCGCGCGCACUGAGGAACCAGGGCAGCUGCGCGUGUACGACGACCUGGAGGUGACCGUGCGCUGCGACCGGCCAGCGCGCGUCCUGCUGCCCCACGGGGGACCCUGUCCGGACCCCGAGUGUCACCCCGCCGUGGCAGCGUCCUGGGCGCUCGCUCGAGCCCUGGCCCUGGCCGCGUCCACGCUGUUCGUGUUGAGGCAGCUGUGGCCGUGGAUCCGGGGUUGGGGGAGCCGGGGCACCACGGUGAAGACGCAGACGUGCCAGAAGGCGCAGGUGCGUACGUUCACGCGCCUCAGCGACCUGUGCGCCAUCUGCCUGGACGACUAUGAGGAAGGGGAGCGGCUCAAGAUCCUGCCGUGCGCGCAUGCGUACCACUGCCGCUGCAUCGACCCCUGGUUCUCGCGCGCCGCCCGGCGCUCCUGCCCCCUGUGCAAGCAGUCGGUGGCCAGCACGCACGACGGCUCCACGGACAGCAGCGUGGGCGGCGACGAUCCACCCCUGCCCGAACACUGCCCACCCAUCUGGGCCAUCCAGGCCCGGCUGCGCUCCCGCAGGCUCGAACUGCUGGCCCGGACAGUCCCCUGCCGUCGCUGCAGCAGCACCACGUCCCUGGGGAUGGCCGAGAACGUGGAGCCGUCAGCAGAGACCUACGAGCCCUCCUGA